GGGCUAUACAAUGAAACCCUGUCUUGAAAAACCAAAAACAAACAAACAAAAAAAGGAGGAAAAGAAGAAAGGAAGGUGUCAAAUCUAAAUAGCAGGAACUUAAACCCAAACUGUAAGCAUUCUAAAUGUUCCUGUACAGCAUUCAGUCAAACAGCCAUCAAGUGGUUACAAUUUGAGAAAAGAUGUCCUUUUAAAAAUCAUGCUGUUUAUAGCUGGGGUGUGGGGAGCAGGUGUGGCGGCAGUCCCAAAAGUGCCAGGCACUGCAGCUAAGUCUUAUGACUUGCACCUGACUUCCUCAUAUAAGCCACAAACAUCUUGAGAGCUGCACAGGUGUACCAGGAUACUGGUGAAUCCAUUUUGAUGGAGAUAUGCCCCUGCUGCCCUGAUUAGCUGAAGCUGUGUGCCUGGUGAGGUGGCGUGGCCUGCUGUGCGUGGAUGGGAACUGAGAGUAUAUAAGAGUGAGAGGCCCGGGUUAGAGGGAGGAUUAUUAUUCGAGAGAGGAUUACUAUUAGUGGGGAGAUAUAUAAACAGGGGAGAUAUAAAAACAAGGGAGAUAUAAACAAGGGAGAUAUAAACAAGGGGAGAUAUAAAAACAGGGGAGAUAUAAACAGGGGAGAUAUGAACAAGGGAGAUAUAGAGAAAGAAGAAACAGGACUGAAUAAACGUGUGCAGAAGGAUCCUGUAGCAGCGUCGUUCUUCCUGGCCUGUUGAGCGCGCGCAACAGUUGGUGCUGAAACCCGGGAAGAAAAACUCGGGACGGGACGAGAAGACCUGGGACGAGAAACCCAGGAAAAGAAACAUCUUCAGGCAAGAGCGAAGACCCCCUGCUACAGGGAGGAUUCAGAACUGCAUCACGGGGAAGGAGUGGUUAAUAAAAGUUCCCGUAAAACAGACUGUUGAGAAGGAUCCGGCGUGGAUUCAGAACUCUUCAGCUGGGGAACGGUACUGAUGAAGAGAAAGAAGAAAGAUGAGGACUGAAUAAACUGCUGUUAGAAGGACUGGUGGUCGUGUCGUUCUUGCUGGUCGAGAGUGGACGCGACAAUUGGUGGCCCGUACGGGGAACCGACUCCCCCACCGAGUUCAGAACUUUCAGCAGUCAGUGGUUGCAGGCAGGGUAAGUUCACGGUGAGUGAAACUUGCGACCCCAGGAGUUUGGGAAGGACCUCGGAUAAAAUAGAGGUGAGCAUAAAGUUGCCAGGAAGUAGGCACAAAGUAACCCAGGAGUUUGGGAAGGACCUCGGAUAAAAUAGAGGGGAAUAUAAAGUUGCCAGGAAGCAGGCACAAGGUAACGAAAGGUUCCCGGCUUUGGGACAAGUUAAGGUUCCCGGCUUUGGGACAAGUUAAGGUUCCCUGUUUGGGGACAAGUUAAGGAACUAUGAUAACCUCAGUGUAGUGAUCAAUAGAUCCUCGCUGUGUAGUUAUGCUUUUUUCUCCCAUUGACCCUUUGUGGGUAGGUCUGAUAGUUUUGGUCUUGUUUGUUCUGAUAUAUGGACUCUGUUACUGUUUGAAUCAAGAGGCAGUCAAGACAGGUCAGAAAAUCCUUACAGAGCAACAAGAAAGUAUGUCGGAAAAGGAGAAGGGCUUAAAAAGAAAAAGGAAAAAGAAAGACAGUGUUAUCAGGUGGACAGAAAGGACAAAAUAAAAGAGCCGAGGUGGAGGAGGAAGGCGAAUUAGCUUUUGUGCCGCCUCCCUAUGCCUCCUCAGCAGCCACCUGUAGGUGGACCUUCUGUCCAGAGAUUUGGCUAUUGACUCCCCAGAUGGACACACAGGUGAUUGAGGUUAUGGUCUCAUUACCACGAGGUAUUGUGUCCAUCUCCCCUGGGAUCGAGUAGAUCAGGUGUUGACGUGGGCGAGAGGGUCUGUUUGUGUGUUUCCACAGGACCAGACUGAACCUCUUUGGGUGGUGGAGAGAUUGGUGAGACGCUACAAGAAUGAGGCUCCUGAUCCAGUUGCCCCGUGGAUGUGGUGGAUGAUCCCACAAGCACAAACGAUGGAGCCGAGAUGGGAGAUCCUUUCGGUAUUCCAGAAGCCGAUACCAGCUCGACAUGACAUUCAAAUUUUUCCACGCUUUUUGAUCCCUGAAUUCCCCCUAAAGAGAUAGCCCCGCUGGCCAUCUAUCCCUUGCUUCAGGGAAGAUGAGCGGGGAUGAGAGCCCUGGGAUGUAUGCUUGUUAUAGUGUGUGUGUGUUUUGUGUUUGGCACAUGUGUUAGGUGCAGAGUGUGCGACCCGCACUUUCGCCAUGGUAGCGUAGGCUUUUGCUGCAGUGGAGGCGGGACAAUCUCCUCAGAUUCGGUUUGCCGCUCUAAAAGAAAUUAUGCUGCGUUAUGCCGUGGGGUGCGAGGCUAAGCACUGCACAGAGGAUAGCUUGCUGUUGGCAUCCUGUGGAAGGUAUAUGCUUGUCAGCAUUGCCAAGUAGCAAAAAAUACAGUUAUCGUAGCACCUCAGCAGCACCUUCCCAUGGUGGGAAACCCGUGGAGUGUAGUUACUGUUGAUCUGAUGGGACCUUUCCAUACAAGCAACAGAAGUCAUGUGUAUGCUAUAAUCAUGACAGAUUUGUUCACAAAAUGGGUUAUGAUUUUGCCUUUAUGUGAUGUUUCAGCAUCAGAAAUUUCUAAAGCUAUUAUCAAUAUAUUUUUUCUAUAUGGACCUCCUCAGAAAAUAAUAAUGGACCAAAGAGAUGAAUUCAUUGAACAGAUCAAUGUAGAACUAUAUAGAUUAUUUGGUGCAAAAGAGAUUGUAAUUUCUCGUGCUUCUGGAAGUGUUAAUCCAGCUGAAAACACACCUAGCACCAUCAAAACAUUCCUCUCCAAACACUGUGCCGACCACCCCAACAGCUGGGAUGAGCAUCUGCCAGCCCUUUCCUUUGCCUUCAAUGUCACUCACUUGGAGCCUAAUAAAAACACACCGUAUUUCCAAAUGUUCAAUCGGAAUCCUUGCGUGUUGGAGUGUCCUCCUGAAGAGGGCAGUGAAGGUACAAGUGUGUUUGCCAGAAUCGUAGCUGCGAUUAGAGAGGCUGAUGGCGUGGUGGAGAACAAGACACCAGCAUCGAGCCAGAUGGAGAACAACAAUUCGGAUGAACUGAGUAAAAGCAAAGUUGUUAAAAAGAAAGCAAAGCAGUUAAAUCCCUUUCAUUUGAAAGUGGGUCAUGAGGUUUUACGACAGAGGAAGAACUGGUGGAAGGAUGGCCGCUUCCAGUCUGAGUGGGUCGGGCCUUGUGUCAUCGACUACAUUACAGAAAGUGGAUGUGCUGUCCUCAGAGAUAACACGGGAACCAGACUCAAACGACCUAUCAAAAUGUCCCACCUUAGGCCCUAUGUGAGAGAGUCCAGUGAGCAGGACAGUCUUUAUCUCUUGCAAGGUUCGAUAGUGGCAGAUCACGACUACAUUGGAUUACCUGAGAUCCCAGUUGGAACAUACCAGGCAAAUAUUCUGGUAGAAGAUGCAACUAUUGGGAUAGCUGAUAAUGAACUAUUGAUAUCAAGCAAGGAUCAUGAACUCUUAGAAUAUAGAAAUUCCAAAAUCUCUGCAUUGGUAGAAGACCACAGUUCUCUUGAGAAACAGACUUUUAGCCUACUGGAUUCUUCAAAUCAAGUUCUCGAGUACUUAAGUUAGUAAAUACCAAAAUUAAUGUAAAAUGCUUGCACAGAAUGUAUAUAUUUCUAGUUUGUAAGUAUUUUAUCUAUUAAAAUAGGUUGUAUAGAAGAGAGAUCUUGGUACUAUGUUAAUAACUAAAUUCUGAAAGCUUAUUUUAAACCUUCCUAAAGUUGUUACAUGUUUGAAUACAAAUAAAUAUAUGUAACAGAAGUAUACCAUGCGUAGAAUUCAGAAAUUUCUCAGAAAACAGACAAAAUACGUUGUUAGAAAAUAAAUUCUCGUGGAGAAGUCUCACCUUUUUCUAUAUGGGUACUACAUUUUCUCUUUUAACUUUUCAGCAAUACAUACCCCUUUUAAAUAAAUUUAAACUAAUUAUAGCUUAGUUAAUAAAUGUUGAGUGAACAAUAACAUAAAUGAAACGAAACUUUAUCUGUGACAUUGGAACUUUUUAAAUUUGUAUUUGUGUGUGUCUGUGUGUGUCUGUGUGUGCGCGCGCGCAUGUGCAUGUAUACGUGUGUUUCUGAGUGAGGCUUUAUGUAUGUGAGUACAGUGCCCUAGUGUAAAGGCUAGGCAAGGGUAUUGGAUAUGCUGAAGCUGAAGUUACAGGUGAUUGGGCACCAACCAGGUUGAGUACUGGGAACCACACUAGGAUCCACUGCACCAGCAGAGCACACUCCAGCUGAAGGACAAGUGACUGUCAGGGAAAGAAUGAAGUCUCUGACCUUGUACACAAACCAAAGACAUUGCAGAUAGAAUUCUAGAAAGAAACUAAAACAGAGUGGUGCUAGUAGGCUUUGCCUACUCUCCUCUACAGAGCAGAGUUCAGGAAGGGAGCCUACUGCAGUGCCUACAUGGUCGAUAAAGUGAUUGUCUCUUUGUCACCUCAAUGAAGUCACUUUCUUCUAAGAUUCUUUUCGAGAUCAUCUGACUUGAAUUUGUCCUAUUUUACUUGUUCUAUUUAAGGAGGCCAAUUAGCUUUCAGAUUGAUUUCUCGGUGGAAGAUUCUAAAUAGCUAAAAAUAAUGUUUUCCCUUCCUAAGUAAUUUCCCAUCAGAUUUUUGCUUUGUGUGUAUGUGAGUCAUAUCAGGCUACAUUAUUCUUCUUGCAAAUCAUCCCCAGAUCUUAGUAGCUUAAAACAAUAAAGCUUUAUUUCUUGAC